UUCGACCGCAUAGUCCCUCUAGUCGGACAGUUUUUGGAGUAGGACUUCUGUGGGUGUUUGUUUAGUUUUAGCACGACUAGCCAGGCGCUAAAUAUGUAAACAUACUUCUUUGUUAUUUCUGAAAACAACAACAAAAUAUGUUUUUAUAACGUUACAGUAACUAUGCUAGAUGAUCAUGGCUGAAAACGAACUUCUGGCUUUCAGAGAGUGUUGGAAGCAAGAAUUGACGCAUAAAAUCAAAGAGGAUUCGAGUUCUAACGUAACUGGCCAAACAAGCCGGGAAGACUCUAAAUUAAAACGAUACUUUGAAGAUUUUGGUCAGAACAGAAGUUUACUAAAAAUAAGACAUGAUGCAGCAUUACAGGGGAGAAUAAAGGGAGGGAACGAGGCGGUUUUGUCGGCAGGAAAACCUCAAAAAGAGGACAAACCCGAGUAUGUGUCGAUAGCCGAGGGCUUGCUCGAUGGAAGGACCAGUCCCUUGUUGGAGAGGAUGCAGGAAGAGCGGUCUCGGAGGAAAAGACAAUACCAUAGUUUGACUAACGCGUGUAGCACGUCCCUACAACAGCAACCUCAGAGGAAAAUAAACAAGGGUGACAAAUUGGUUGAUCAGUUCAUACAAGACCUGAAUGAGACAAAUGACAUUCCCUUCUUUGACAUUGAGCUGCCCUACGAGUUAGCUCUGAAGAUCUUUCAGUAUCUCAGUCGGAAAGAGCUGGGGCGAUGUGCUCAGGUGAGCAAAGCGUGGGGGGUCCUGGCAGAGGAUGAGGUGUUGUGGUUCAAAAUGUGUCAGAAGGAGGGCUUUCACAGCAGUGCCUCUGUCUCUGACUCCCCCUGCUGGAAGAGCACGCUCCGUGACUGUAGGAGAUCUGAGAACGCUGUGCGCUCCAACUGGAAGAACCGAGUGGGGUCGAUAAGUCAACUGCAGUAUGAGCUGGGCAAGGUGCUGUGCGAUGUCAGUUCCUGUUGCGGCUAUGUUGUCGCUGGGUACACUUCAGGUGACGUCAGACUGUGGGACACCCUCCACUGGGACUCGGCAGCCUCGUUCUUGAGGCCCAGCCCCGCGAUGGUCGACGUCACCCCUCGGCCUCACGUCAGCCAUGUCAGUGUGAACGACGGUGUGGCUGCGGCUGCCUAUGACGACGGGUGUGUGGACGUGUGGAGCACCGAGACAGGACAGGAGCCCGUCCACCACUUCCAGGUCCCUGGAAGGGUGCAGACCCUGUCUCUAAGCUCAGACAGCCCCACCUUGGCCACUGCUGCUGGGCUAGACGUCCGGCUGGACCAGCCUGAUGACAGGGGCUACUGGAGGACCCUCUGCCAGGCAACCCUGCCCAAACCUAGACUCUGGUCCCAGGUGGAGUCCAUGGUCCUGGUGCCAGGGUCUGGGGGGCGACGAGGGGACUCUGGCCCCCUGGUGGCCCUGUCCGCUGGGGAGACAGUGUACCUGUUGGCCCCCGAGUACCAGGAGCCCCGGGUGCUGCACACCGUCUACGGCCAUCCGGUCACCUGUCUGGAUGCCUCAGCCUCCCGCGCCGCCCUGGGGGUCAAGAGCAGCGGCUGGGCCAUGAACGACGGAGGCAACAAGAUCCAGGUGUACAGCCUCGAUACGGGCCAGUCGGAGGUAUCUGUGGGGAACGCGGCGGGGGACUUCUCCUGCAUCAACCUGAGAGACAGCCCCGCUCACCUGCUCGUCUGUGGAAACAAAGACAGGAGCACUUUCUUUCCAGAUCAUUCCAGGGUGCAAAUGUGGGUCCCAAUAAGGCCGGGCCUGUCUGGAAUACGACCGGAUCUAUCUGCCCAACAAACAGGAAGUCUUGUGGGGUGGGGUGGGGGUGCAGAGGGAGUGAUGGGGCUGUUGCCACGUUCGUGCGGGUGGUCUCGUGCCUGUAGGAAAGAAAAUGAGCCCGCCUGCCUCGUCUCCCUUGAGGCUUAACUGGCUUUCCGCCUGAUUGAAUCAAAGGUAAUCUCAUAUGAAGUCUGUGGUAAAAACAUCCAAUAGUUAGCAAGUGUAGCAUUCAACCUGCCAUUGUUGACACCGACGGGACAUUAAUAUGACACGUGGCUGUAUGGCGGUCCAUGUCAUGGGUACAAGUCCGGCUGGUACGGAUAACACUCAUCCAUUGCUGUGCCCUCAAGUAGAAAACAAGGAUCGGGCUGAUUAAUGUGAAGUAGCUUGUCCCCUGGCAGCUCCGGGGUAAACCGGGGCUCCGUCCAAACAUUAGAUUGAUGAUCGUCGCAAACGGCCAGACGGUUACAUCUAAUCCCCUUCUCUGUAGCGCGAACGCCCACGGAGCCACGCCAUGCCAGGGCUGUGGUCAAAUGCAGUGCAUGGCAUAGGGAAUAGGGUGCCAUUUGAGCCGUUGACCGAUGUCUCGACGUAUGUCUUUGUUACAACGCAAAUGCCCAUUUAGCAAUGCAAACCUGAUUCAUUUAAUUUCUCGAGGCGGUAAUUAAAUCGGUUCAUCCCCCGCCUAAAUAAAUUCAAUUUGUGUAAUGAACUUUUGGGAUGCUUUUAGCAUGGAGUCAUCCGCCGGCUGCUAUGUGGUGGGACCCAAUAAACCAAAGCAGUGAUGGUGGCAGAUGGGGGUCCGGAGGUCCGAGCUGCACGCGUAGCUUGUCAAUCCGCAUCCAAAAAACCUCUAUGUUUUAUUAGCGCUACGAAAACACUGCGUUCAGCACAUAACACGCUAAAUAGUUGUGGCUUUGGUUCGCGGAGCGUGAUUGAAGUAAUUAAAGCGUUUGUUUAUAAGAGAGCGGAUGCAAUUGGAUGGAGAGCCCCUCGAUGCCACCUGCCAUUGAUGAUCCUGUCCGUUGGCCUGUGUCCCUGAUGAUCUUGCGUUAUGUCUCGUUGUUUUUCUGGUCCAUUGUUCACCAAGUUACCUUGUAAAUUUGUGGCCUGAGUCUCAUCCUGUUGGUUCUGUCUUGCCAGCUCCCACCUUUCCACUCAUUGUCGUCCCAAAGGAUGACAGGCAGAAAAAGCACAAGCAGAUCUUGAACCAGGCUAGGAAAAAUGGCGGUGGUACAUUCACUAUGGUUUUCGUGUGGAGAUCCUAUUACAUUGUUCUAAUUUCAAUUUUUAUGGGUUUCCUCUUGAGUAUAUAGCCACAAAGUCAAAAUUGUCAACAUUGUUAAAAAAUGUAAAUAAUAAAGUCUUAAUUUAGGGGUUAAUCACAUGAUUAGUAAUGGUACAUAGGCCUUAACAUAACAGUUAAGAGUGUAGAAAUGAUGUUAUGGCUUCAGAAGCUUGUGACUGUCAUCACUUUCUGCCACAUCAGUUCCCGUGUUG